AUGAUUGCAAACCUUUUGUCUAUUUUCAUAUCAAUUAUUAGACUAGUCCUUCCCUCAUCUGCCAAUAUUAAUUUGCAAUAGCUUUCGAGUUACUUCCUCCUCUCUGUUUCGACUCCCAAAAUCUCUUUGAUCUAUGCAAGUUUUCUAGCUUUAAUCAGCAAUCUCUGUCCUCUUACUUCUUGUGUGCAAAAUAUUCUUUUGUCUCUUGCGUAGAUGUUCUCUCCUCUCAAGCAUGCUGCUAGUUAUACUUCUCUGAGACCUGAUCCCAGAGAUCUAUGAUUCUUCGUUUUGACUUGGCUCUCCCACAGAGCAUCCAACAAAAUCCAUCUUCAGUGAUUUUAUUACAGUUCAAAUCUUCAUCAGAUACACCCUUUUUGGUGUAAUCCUUUAUAUGAUUUUUUUUCGCUGAUCCAAAGUCAACCCAUCAAAUUUCAGUACCCUUUUCAAUUCUUGAAUCCUACCUCAACCUAUUAUUUCCUUCAACAAUUCAAAUCUCUGCUUUUGAUAUGUCAAUCCUCUGUGGCAUUCCAGUCCUUGAGAGUGUCUACUGCCUCAUUUGCGCCCGCUGGGCUUACAAAAGAUGCCUGCACUCCGCUGGGCACGAAAGUGAGUACUGGCCAGUCGCCUCCACCAUCGAGUUCGACCCAGUUCCCCGUCUCUGUCGAGCCAUACUCUCCAUUAAAGAACCAAUGGUCGACCAUGGACUCAACCCCCAAUGGGUAAUUUCUCGAAAAUCCUAUAAAGACACAAAGGGACGUGCACCUCCUUACUUGAUUUACCUUGAUCAUGACAAUGCGGAUGUUGUUCUCGCACUGAGAGGCCUGAAUUUAGCUAGGGAGAGUGAUUACGCCGUGUUGUUGGAUAAUAAGCUUGGGAGGAAGAAAUUCAAUGGUGGGUAUGUUCAUAAUGGAUUGUUGAAGGCCGCAGUUUCGGUUCUUGAAUCUGAAUCAGAGGUUCUAAGGAAAUUGUUGGAGGAGAAUCCAAAGUAUAUGCUAACAUUUGCUGGGCAUUCACUGGGUUCAGGAGUGGCAGCAAUGUUGGCUAUGGUGGUGGUUGAGAAUAUGGAUAAGUUGGGGAUUGAAGAGAGGAAGAGGGUAAGAUGUUAUGCAAUUGCACCGGCCAGGUGUAUGUCGCUGAAUCUGGCGGUUAAAUAUGCUGAUGUUAUCAACUCUGUAGUGCUUCAGGAUGAUUUCUUACCUCGAACAUCUACUCCUUUAGAGGACAUAUUCAAGUCCAUCUUCUGUUUGCCAUGUUUAUUAUGUCUGAGAUGCAUGAGAGACACAUUCAUACCCGAGGAACGUUUGCUGAGAGAUCCAAGGCGGCUCUAUGCACCAGGUCGACUCUAUCACAUUGUUGAGAGGAAACUUUUCAGAUGUGGAAGAUAUCCUCCAGUUGUCAGAACAGCAGUUCCAGUAGAUGGAAGACUUGAACACAUUGUGCUCUCUUGUAACGCAACAAAAGACCAUGAAAUUGUAUGGAUAGAGAAAGAGGCUCAGAGGGCUUUAGAUCUAAUGCACAAGGAAGAAUACACAAUGAACAUCCCUCCAGUGCAAAAAAUGGAGAGGCAAAAAACUUUAGCAAGAGACCACAGUGAACAGCACAGGGCUGCACUUCGUCGAGCAAUCACAUUAGCAGUGCCUGAUGCAUUCUCCUCAUCAGAAUACGGUACAUUCCACGAAACAUAUUCAUACAAUGGAAGCUCCGAGAGCUCUCCAAUGCUACUCAAAAACAGCAGAAAGAGUGCAAGCUCGAACUGGGAUGAACUUCUUAUACACUACUUUGACAAGGAUGGCUCUGGAAAAGUAGUAUUCCAACCAUCAAGCUCUGGAAAUGAUUCGUGAUAUGAAUUAUCAGGUGCCUUGUAAAUUUUUUGCUUGUUUCUAUGUCCGCUAUCAAUUCGCUGUCAUGUGCCAUUCAUUUACAAAAGGAAUAACUGCACAUGGACUCCCUUUAGUAUCAUUGUUUUGAACUUUCUAGUUA